AGGACAGUGUUUAUUUUGUCGCAAAGAUGUACAAUAGUGAAAAAUAUAUUCAAGGCAAUCAAAAUGUCCAAGUUCCUGAACACAUGAAUUUUGGGAAAUUUAUGCUAGAUGCUCUUAGGAGAAUGGGAGACGAAAUUGCUAUCGAGAAUGGAAUGACAGGAGAGAAGCUGACUUAUAAACAAAUAACCCGACAUGCAGUGGAUCUAUCUAUAAUGCUUACAAAGCUGGGGGUGCGCCACGAGGAUGUGGUGGCGUUCGGUACUGAAAAACGAAUUAUGAUUGUGCCCACUAUUCUAGGAAUCAUUUUCAGCGGAGCUACUUUUACGCCAUAUGAUUUGAGAUGUGGUCGUGCGGAGUUGCAUCAUAAAAUGAGCACAUCACUACCCAAAUACUUUAUCUGCUCGCAAAUGUUUUGGGAACGCUACAGUGAUAUUAUAGAAGAAUUUAAACCAACAACAAUUACUUUAGAUAAUUCAUGUUCAUUUGCAAUUAACAUCAAACCACUCAUAGGAAUAGAACAACAAUUUGAUGUAGUCAAAUUUGAACCGGUGGCGGUACAAGGACAAAUAGACGUGGCGCUUAUUUUAUAUUCUUCUGGUACUACUGGAAUGCCGAAGGGAGUAAAGUUGACUCAUUUGAAUUGCAUUCUCAACAGUUUACCUCAUGACUACAGUGACGAAGCUUUGCAAACAGCUUUCAUUUACGGAGAAUGGUAUCAUAACUAUGACUCUUUUGUCACAUACAAAUUUCUCCAAGCAGGCAGAAAAAUUGUCUAUGCUGACGACAUUGCAAUUGAAAACAUUUUGAAAACUGUUGAAGAACAUCAGAUAAACAUCGCAUUCCUAGUUCCUUCAACGCUUUACGAUCUCUGUAAAAUAAAAGGAAAGCACAGUGUUGCAUCACUGAAAGUUUUGUAUUCACGUUCAGCUUCACUGCACGCCAAAACAAUUAAGUGCCUCAAAGAAAGAUUUCCUUCAAUUGAAUAUAUUCGGCAAGGCUAUGGUAUGACAGAAGCAGGUGAGCCAUGCUCAGAAAAUUGGGGGUCCAAAAGUCUACAGAGCGUCGGAAAAGUUUCACCUGGGACUACAUUAAAGAUUGUAGACAUCAAAACUCGUGAAGUCCUGGGACCAAAUCAGCACGGAGAAGUGUGUAUAAGAGGACCGGUUCUCAUGAGUGGUUAUAUUGGAGUAGACCCAGCUACGUAUUUAGAUGAAGAAGGCUUUUUUAAAACCGGUGAUCUGGGUUACUACGACGAGGAGGAACAUGUUUAUAUAAUUGAUAGAAUAAAAGAAUUCAUAACUAGUUUGGGAUAUAAGGUAAGCCCUAUAGAAAUGGAAACUAUACUUGUGCUACAUCCUAGUGUUCUUGAAGCAGGCGUGGUAGGGAAACGGGUUUCUGAGUAUAUGGAAGAACCGACGGCGUUUGUUGUAAAGCAGCCGGGUGCUGAAGUCACGGAGCAAGAACUGAUAGACUAUAUGGCCAAAGAGGCAUCAAUACUACACCGUCUUACUGGUGGCGUCAGAUUCGUGUCCCAGCUGCCUAGAAAUUCUAGAGGCAAAAUUCUCCGUCGCGUUUUGAGAGAAACAUUAAAUCAACCUGUAUAAUUCCAUUAUUGCGUCGCUGAAAAGACAAAAUUAAAUUGAGUUUUCAAUGUCCUCCCUAAAAUCAAUUGCUACAUAGUUUUAUACAUAUACGUGCAUAAUAACUAACUUGUUAAAAAUAACAAUACAAUUGUGAACUAAAUAUAUUCCAAGGUAAUGGAAUAAAUAUAAUGAUUUCACAGUUUGAUUCUAGAAUGCUUAAGACCCAACAUUAAAAG